GUCUAUUAUUAGCUUCUUAAAAAAAUACAUAAUACGUCACUAUGUACUUUUAUUAUCGCAAUAAUUUCUAAAAUAAUUGAUUUUUUUUAAGUACGAUAUAAACAUUCCCGCGUAAAAGUAAGCGUAAGUCACGUGCAUGACAUGGCAGCCAACCGUGCAACAAUAAACUAACCUCAAACUUAAAAGUGCGAUGUGUGGGGUGUUGUGAAUGUUUUAAAUUUUUAGAAUGACUGAAACUAGUACUGAAAAUGAGGAAAAAGCACCCACUGUUGAAGACGAAUGGAUGAUUCGACCAUGCCCUGUGUACGACGAAGAAUACAAAGACUGUACCUCAAUAAAGGGCAGAUUUCACCAAUACUUCGUGUUUGGUGAAACUCUCAAUUGUAUACCGUGGAAACGAGACUACGAUAAUUGCUGCAGAUGGCGAGAUAACAAAGAUGUCAAAUCGGCGAAAGAAAUUGUAGAGAAUGAAAAAGCGAGACGCAGACAGAGAUUAGAACCCCAUUAUGGCAAUGACGUGUGGACGCGACGGAAAUCGCCCCCUGAAAAUUGGAACACGCCUUUACCUGAACAUAUUCAAAAGGAGUACGAAGCGAGUUAUUUGAAUAUAAAAGCCAAAGAGAUGAGAGGAGAAAUUCCGACUCAAGUGGAUCCGUCGAAUUAUUGUGUUUUGAUGUAAUUGUAGCGUGGUAUGUUAAUAAAUGAGUAUGGAUGGUGGUCGGUAUGGUUGGCGCACGCGCCCGCAUCCGUAGCGAGUA